UCCCCCCCCCCCCUCUCUCUCUCUCUCUCUCAACCAGCAUUAUGAGAUAUAUAGCAGCAACAACGAUCUCCCAAGCAACGUGCCUUUCCCUGUGCUGCAAAUGGCUAAGAUUUCAGAGGUAGGGGAUAUGGAGCGGAAUUGACUCCCAUUGAAGCGGAUUGUAGAGUUCUUGUGUUGGGUCCAAGGAUUGUCGGGCAAUUUGGUCGAAUUCCGGGUGUUUAUAGGUUUUGGAAGAGAUUGACGGCGUGGAAGUUGCAUUGGGGGUGGGAUUUUUGCUGUAAUUUGAAGGAAUUUAGCCCGUUUAAUGGAGGGAGUUUCGGGUCCUGAGGUUGGGUGCUCGAGCGGCGGGGAUAAGGCUGAAGAAAUUGGAGUUGAAUCGCUUCAAUUCGGGGAAGAUAUCGAGAGAUUAAUGGCGGCGCCGGCGCCGGAAACUGCCAGUUCAUUCACUGCUCUUCUUGAGCUUCCGGCGAACCAGGCCGUGGAGCUCUUGCACUCGCCGGAUACCGACCAAGCUCCGGCGCCGCUUCCUGCCGGAGUUUGGAGUAACCGAAUGCAUUCCAUCAUUUGCACUCCGACGUUCCCCUCCAAUGCUGCCCUACUAGAACGUGCCUCCAAGUUCUCGUUCUUCGCCGCCGGCAAAAACUCGGCGGAGGUGAGCUCAAUUCCCGGGAAUUCGAGCCCCAACCAGCAGAAAGUGAAGCAAGAACCGGCGGAUUCGGAUUCGAACCCAAAAUACUCCGAUCCGGUUGCUCCGAACAGCAAUCAGAAAUCGACAAAGCGAAAAGAGCGAGAGAAGAAGGGAAAAGGGUCGUCCAAGAAGAGCAAAAACGCCGCAAAUGAUGCCUCCGAUGACAGCGAAAAGCUCCCGUACGUUCACGUCCGGGCUCGCCGAGGCCAGGCUACUGAUAACCAUAGCCUAGCGGAGAGAGCCAGGAGAGAGAAGAUUAAUGCUCGGAUGAAACUACUUCAAGACCUAGUCCCCGGAUGCAACAAGAUUUCAGGGACAGCUUUGGUGCUGGAUGAGAUUAUUAACCAUGUACAGUCCCUACAACGUCAAGUGGAGUUCUUAUCAAUGAGACUUGCAGCUGUUAACCCAAGAAUUGAUUUCAACCUUGACAGUUUAUUGGCUGCAGAAUGUCUCUGCACUCCAAUCAGCUCAGAAUGGAACUGUGAAGAUGGGCCGAAAGGAGCUCCUUCAAUAGCUACUACUGUAUAUAUAUCAGCUACAUUAGCAGUUAGCCGCAGAAGUGGAAAGGAAGGCCUGCAUUAUGGCCGUGUUUUGCUGCUGUUUCGGUCAGAUGGAAACCCUGAUUUAUAUCUCAUUUAGAGACGGGAAAAACCCCAGUAUUGUUAUCGUCAUCUAUAUCUAUAUCUAUAUCUAUACAUACCUUAGGGAAGGGGUUAUUCAAUCUGAUUCUACAUGUAUGAGAAGAGAAGACUGAUUGAUUCAUAUGUAAAGGACAUGGCCUUGCUGCUGUGCCUUAUGUGCCCUACUGUUAUGCAAGUUAGAGAAGCCUUUUUGUUAAA